GCCCAAGCGACGAGCACAAGCCCAAUGCUAAUACCGCUCAGUAAUGUACAUACCUUACCACCGACAGUCCCGCUCACGAAGAAAUCGAGUUAUCGCGGCACGACUCCUCGCGUCUCAAGGACCGCGACUAGUUCUUGAGCAUUGUUCCCAGAGCCGCUCCGAGCCAAUCUAGAUUACACCUGGUUAUAGACCUGUCACUUCGCAAGAAGACAUCGAGUCUCUUCCGCAGCUUGAAAACCCGGUGCUGUCAUUGCACCUCGCGGGUGUUCGCACAGAGGUCACGCAGCCAGCCGACGUGCUCUUGCGCCUCUGUAAUCCACCUAGACAUCAAGUUGCUCAAGGGCUGACCUGUGAAUUGCACAGCCGAACAUCUACCUGAGGGCGUCUGCGACACCAGUGCAGCGGGCAGCCGUUGUUCGGCUUUGUCAAGCUUUGGAGUCCGCAUUCUGCGCUAGUGGGCGCUGAGCACACUGCCCGCACGCGCAGCAUCUAGAAUGUCAUCCCUUUUAUCAGCUGGCACUGGCUCGACUUCCACGCCCGUGAGCCUAGCAAAACUCAGCGCAGCACGAUUGGCCAACCGUUUCGUGGAGCUGGGCAAGGUCCCUCGCGACCAGCGGUGCUGCGAGUCGCCAGCGCUAGAUGACUCGUAUCGCUAUGCAAAACGGGCGAGGACAAGUGGAUGCGGCCAGCAACUGGAGGUGUUUGACUCGACACGCGGCGAAGCCCAGGCGUCAGGCGCGCCCAGUCACUCGAGAGGCAGCAGCUACGUUUUUGCGGCGCAGCCGGCGAGUGUCUGGUCAGCGUGGGCAUCAGCCAGCAACCCUGACAGCAGCUGCGGCAUGAGCCCGGAGCGAGGGGGCCGCGCGUGUCAUCCGUUUCCGCAUACGAUGACCGUUUCCUCGGCUGUCAACCUCGCACCGGGGCAGCUGCCUGGCACCAGCCCGGAAGGCCGAAGUGGUGUGGCCCUGUGCGGCGGUUGUGCAUCGGUGGGCGGGGCAACCGCGCGAAGCAGCUGGCGCUUUGCUGGCAGCGCCCCCACCUUGUCGACAUGUCGUGACGAGGAACCCCUGCCGCCGGCACAUCACAGACCGUUGCGCGUGCCAGCGUGCCAGCCCCCGCUCAUCAGCCUUCCGGCGGCGUUGCAGCCCUCUUCGCAUGGCAGCAGCUGCUGCGCCAUGGGAGCAGCUGCCGGUGGCGUCGUGCGGCUGUCAGCGGCACAGCUAGCCGCCCUUACGUGCAGCAGUGAGGCCGCCUUGCGCCGGAGCCUGGAGGCGAGCCAUCAGUCGUUUCUGCAACACCAGCAGCAGCAUUCCGCCUCUGUUGUAGCGCAGGCAUGGUCCCGGCGACCGCUGCUGCUUGGUCCCUCCGCAGGUGCCUCGGCCAGUGACAGCUUUCCCUUCGCCCGUGCCAGCUCCCACAGUAGCAGCGACUUCGGCAGCUGCUGUGUCGCGUCGGGUUGCAACGACAGCUGUGACGUCGCUAGCGCCAGCCGCCGCACUUUUGGCAACACGACCUAUGAUUGCGGUGGCGGCAGCAGGGGCAGCAGCCCGCUGCCUGUGGCGCCACCGACACCGACCCAGCUACGUGACUUGGCCCCCCGCGAGUGCAUUCUGCUCACAUGCCGCGGUCUGUGCCUGUCGGCGGACACCACUGGCCGCCUGGCGCUGCACAUAUGGACUCGGGUAGAACCGCUGGCGCGCCUGUUGCUGUCUGUGCGGCCAGACGCCACCGCCGCCGCUGCCCCGCUGGCUGUCUACGGCUGUCGGGGCGCUGGUGCUGCGGCCGCGGGGCUGCAGGUGUAUGCCGUGGCGGCUGUGUGGGUGGCAGCGAAGCUUGAGGAGCGGCGUCAGGAGGUGCCGGGCAGUGGCGCGCUAGCGGUGGCCGCGCGCAGCAGCCCCGCGGCCCUGGCGGCAGCUGAGCUGCGCAUUCUGCAGUGGUGCGACUGGGCCCCGUACACUGGGUUUGUGCCUGACGAGUCCCACCUGCUGGUGUGGGCACCCUGAUGAAUUGGAAGCGUGCCAAGCGGUCUAGCCGGCCAACGUUCCGCCGGCAUCUUUGUCAAGGCCAUCAAGGCCACUGAUGGGGUCUAAGCAGUGAGGAUGUCAGAAUCAAUGCUUUCGGAUGGAGUGACGACUUAACAUUGGACGGAUACCAUACUUACUGCAUAAAGCACUUGAACCGCGCUUACGCAUGUGAUGACUGAUUGACCCAUCGCGCAUGAGCGCCUGUUUUGUUCCAGGAACUAUGUCUUAAUAGAUUUCUCAAAAGCCACUACACCAGACGAGAAUCACACGCGGCGGCCUUGCACCUGCCCUUCUCCUCGUUGAUGUGUCUUGGGCGCGCGUUUGUGUGCGGUUUUUGAAUAGUGUGGACGUGACCGGCACCCUGACAGUGCACCUCCUCCCUGACACCUGGCUGUGUAAACCCCAGGUGGCCAGGUCCCAACAUCAACCAUACUGAAGAAGUAUUGAACUGCGAUCAGUGAACUUUUGCUCUGUUUUUGCCAAUAUGGUCAGGCAAAACACGAUUUGGGGUUUGUGGAAUGCUGAAUGCUGUGCAUUAUGAGUGCUAGUUUCUGAAAUGUUACUGAAGAUGGAUGAUCAGGUCGCUGAGGGCCACCCCGCCCAGGUCCAGGUUGUUUUUCCAUAUCUUCACUCCGGGACCUCAGCCCAAAACAUGUGCACGCUAUGCAACAGGCUGACGUACAUUAGCGGAGUUGCAAGAUUGAAAGGUUAGGUAGAGGUAGGCGGUGGCAGGGCCUACAGCACUAGCCCAAGGCAUAGAGUACGCUGUUGGCGUCGCAGGGCAGCAGAUGGCACGCCCCUGAGGUCUACAGCAGGGCAUAUGUCUGUAGUACUGCCGCUGUGCGUCAGGACGUGUUCGCUGGCUUGGGAGCUGCGUCAGCAGGUCCCUCGUGUUACCACUUCGUGGUAUGCGUGGUGAGGGUGCAUUAUAAUGGUAGGUCAUACGGUACAUUGGAGUAACGCUGUGAGAUGGAUGACUGUACUGCAUGCGGUCAGUUGUGCAUUGAUCUGUUGUGUACGGUAUCCAAGCAGUUCCCGCGUGGGAUCACCAGUGGGAUGACACCGUAGCUGUUGAGGUACCGGUGCAAGAUUGGUGGGUUGCACAUGGUACAUGCAGAUCCCUCAUACGGUGUAGACAAGCCACCAGAUGCGGAGAAAAGAUCGAACACCUGAAGCGACUUUUGGAUGCGGCCAGACGUAGCUGCUGAAGGCUACAAUCGUGCGUGGCGUGGGUCAUGCAGAUUACGGUAGACAUACAGCGGGUACAGCGGGAAUCCUCUUACAUCAUAAACUGUGACGCGGUAAACCCCAUAAGCAUU